AGCAAAUCAUUUUGAAUUGGAAAGUGACAACAGGCUGACUGCUCCUCGAAAAAGACAGAGAGUGGGUCUGGAAUCUAGUGAUUCAGAGGGCUCAAGUCCAGAGACAGAUGACUCAGUUUCCAGAUCUGAUGGGAGCUCAGACACAAACACAGACAGUUACACAGAGGAAGAGAACUUUGGUCUUAUAGAGGAGAAACCUAUUCUAGCCAAACAAAAAGUUUCCAAGAACACCACCACCAAAAAGCAGACAGCUAGAGCUUCCAAUACAACAAAUAAAAAGGAGAAGAAUAAAAAAGGUGCAUCUGAGGAAAUUCCUGCUAAAAAACCAAGAACUCAACCUAUUAAAAAAAAGAAUAACAAGGAAAAUUCAGGGAAAGUCACAUUUCAAGAAAUGCUCACCAAAAUUGCAGAACCUCAAGUUUUGGAAACAAGCAGUGACUGGGGGAAUGAUACAGGAGUUUUGUUUGAAGAAACAGUCACCAACACUGCAAAACCUCAAGUUUUGGAAACAAGCAGUGACUGGGGGAAUGAUACAGGAGUUUCCUUUGGAGAAACAUUCACCAAAACUGCAGAACCCCAAGUUUUGGGAAAAAGCAGUGACUGGGGAAAUGAUGUAGGAGUCAACAAUAAAAAAGGGAAGGCUAGUGAACCAAAACACAGCCAAAAGAAGGUUUCCAAGAACACCACCACCAAAAAGCAGACCGCUAAAGCUUCCAACACAACAAAUAAAAAGGAGAAGAAUGAAAAAGGUGCAUCUGAGGAAAUUCCUGCUAAAAAACCAAGAACUCAACCUAUUAAAAGAAAGAGUAGCAAGGAUAAUACAGGGAAAGUUUCCAAGAACACCACCACCAAAAAGCAGACUGCUAAAGCCUCCAAUGCAACAAAUAAAAAGGGGAAGAAAGAGAAAGGUGCAUCUGAAGAAAUUCCUACUAAAAAACCAAGAACUCAACCUAUUAAAAGAAAGAGUAGCAAGGAUAAUACAGGGAAAGUUACCUGUCAAGAAACACUUACUGAAACUGCAAGACCUCAAGCUUUGAAAACAAGCAGUGAUUGGGGGAAUGAUAUUGGAGAACCACCCACCAAAACUGCAAAAUGUCAAGUUUUGGAAACAAGCAGUGACUGGGGAAAUGAUAUAGGAGAUCCAGAUGCAUCUGCACCUGCACCAACAGUCAAAAAAGGGAAGGCUAGUGAACCAAAACAAAGCCAAAAGAAGGUCUCCAAGAACACCACCACCAAAAAGCAGACAGCUAGAGCUUCCAAUACAACAAAUAAAAAGGAAAAGAAUGAGAAAGGUGCAUCUGAGGAAAUUCCUGCUAAAAAGCCAAGAACUCAAUCUAAUAAAAAAAAGAGUAGCAAGGAUAAUACAGGGAAAGUUACCUGUCAAGAAACACACACCAAAAUUGCAAAACCUCAAGUUUUGGAAAUGAGCAGUGACUGGAAGAAUGAUACAGGAGUUACCCAUCAAGAGACAAUCACCAAAACUGCAAGACCUCAAGCUUUGAAAACAAGCGGUGACUGGGAGAAUGAUAAAGGAGAUGCAUCUGCACCAACAGUUAGCAAUAAAAAAGGGAAGGCUAGUGAACCAAAACACGGCAAAAAGAAGAUUAAACAGGGCACACCAAAGAUGGCUGAGUUAGAAGGAUUGGGUAUAGAUAUUGGUGACAAGUGGAAAACUCUGGGAAGACGCUUAAAAGUAUCAGAGCAACUCGAAAUAAUCGAUGCGCGAUAUAAUAUUCUUUCUGAAAAAGCCUUCCAGAUGCUUCAAUACUGGACCCAGAAAAGAGGUUCCUCUGCGACCUACAGAGUUCUAAGUGGUGCCUUAAAAGACGACCUUUUAGUACGUAAAGACUUGUCAGAAAAGUACUGUUAUGGUUGACAGUUGACAUAACAAAUAUUUUCUUGUCUUUUAACUCUGAUUUACGAGGGAGUGAGCGGUUUAGUAUGUACUUUCUUUGCUCUAUUUUCUUGUUCUUUCAGUUACACAUGUCACUUUCGUCGAAAUGUUUAAAAUGUACGUCCAAACUUAUGACAGUUCUUUCACAAACAAAACAGCUGCUUAAGAGUCAGAGUUUUGUAACAGCAAACUAAAUACAGUAAGCAAGAGUAUUGUUUCGUGGUCGAAUCUCAGAGUAGAAUUUUAGAAUUUCAAACUGAUCGCUCAACAUACAGGUAGCGAUUAUUUUUAAAGGAUCAGACUGAAACAGAAAGGGCGAUUUGCCGAUUUUUUUUAUUCUUGGGGUAUUGUCUAGUUGGUAGGUUUCUAUCAAAUUUUCAACUUAAUUUUAAUUUUUUUAGAACGGCGUUUUUGUCUCUUUUUCAUGCUGAGCACCAGUAGAUUUAGACCGUCAGUAGUACUAAACAAGUUAACUGGUAUAUCGUAUGAAUAGCUUGUAGGUUGAUAAAUGUAAUUAUUUUAGACUUUUUUUAGGUCAUUAUUACAUUUCUGCGGGUGAAUUGUUGUAAUUUACGAAAUUACCAAGAAAUUGUAAUUUUUACACCCCGUUAUUAAUGUGUUAAUGGAGAAUUCCUCCCAAAAAGUGUUAGAGAAAUAUUUGGUAAGGAUGGCAGUUAUUUUAUCUUCAUGUUAAAUCAUAAAUUUUGUCCGUUAAAGCUAUAGAAGGUUGGAUAGGAUUAUUUUUAUGGAUCUAGGUAAAUACAAAGUUUGUGAUAUUGCACACCUUUUAAAAUAUGGAUUUGGUGUUAAGUUAAAUUAUUGUUCUUAGAUACCUAGUGUCGUAAAAUGUAAAUUACAAUUAUCCGUAAUAAAAUACGUUUAACGU